UAUAGGGCCGUAUGCAUAUGAAUGCAAAUCGACGAUUCGCAAUUCAUAUUUCUUCCUUCGUUAGUCCAAUAUGGUACGCACUCUACAACUACAACCAGUAGCGUUCCACACAACUACUUCUUCUGCUCUCCACGGCUACUACUGCUCUUCCAAGAGCAAGAAACUUCCGAAACAAAAACGAAUCCACCGAAACAAAAACACCUCCCUCUCAUUCCCAAAUUCAACCCCAACCCCACUCCUGAUCAACCAAAAACCCUACACCCAAACAAAAGCCCAAGCCCUUGACGCCAUCGUUGAUGACCUCGAAGCCUCCGUUGACAAACGUAUCAAAAUUGACACCGAAAUAUUUUCUUCCCUCUUAGAAACAUGCUACCGUUUACAGGCCAUUGAUCACGGUAUCCGAGUUCACCGCCUUAUUCCCCCAAACCUUUUACGUAGAAAUGCAGGGUUGUCUUCGAAACUUCUGCGGUUAUAUGCGUCGUGCGGACGCAUCGAAAAAGCUCACCAGGUGUUUGAUCAAAUGGUUGACCGUGAUGCUUCGGCUUUUCCGUGGAAUUCGCUUAUCUCCGGGUAUGCUGAGUUGGGUCUAUAUGAAGAUGCCAUGGCGCUGUACUUCCAAAUGGACGAAGAGGGUGUUGAACCGGACCCAUUCACGUUCCCUCGCGUGUUGAAAGCUUGUGGGGGAAUUGGUUCGUUUGGGGUUGGGGAGGAGGUGCAUCGCCGUGUGGUUCGUUCGGGCUUUGCAAAUGAUGGGUUUGUGCUCAAUGCUCUUGUUGACAUGUAUGCGAAGUGUGGUGACAUUGUAAAGGCUCGGAAGGUCUUCGACAAGAUUGCUUCCCGGGACUUGGUUUCGUGGAAUGCUAUGCUCACGGGUUAUAUUCGUCAUGGGCUUUUGGUGGAGGCAUUGGAGAUCUUCUGCCAAAUGCUUCAAGAAGGGCAUGAGCCAGACUCGGUUGCUAUAUCCACAAUACUUGCCAGUUUGUCAUCACUGAAGCUUACACUCCAAAUUCAUGGGUGGAUUCUUCGUCAAGGAUUUGAGUGGGAUUUAUCUGUUGCUAAUUCAUUGAUCGCUGUGUACUCAAAUCACGGAAAGUUGGAUCGAGCACAAUGGUUGUUUAACCACAUGCCUGAGAGGGAUGUUGUGUCAUGGAACUCUAUAAUUUCUGCUCACUCUAGAGACCUGGAAGUUCUAACGUACUUUGAGCAGAUGGAGAAUUCUGGUACUUUGCCAGAUAGUAUCACAUUUGUGUCAUUACUAUCAGCUUGUGCCCAUCUGGGCUUGGUGAAGGAUGGGGAAAGAUUGUACUCUAUGAUGAAGGGGAAAUAUGCAAUAAACCCCAUCAUGGAACAUUAUGCUUGCAUGGUUAAUCUCUAUGGGAGGGCAGGACUGCUCAUGGAGGCAUAUGCGGUCAUAGAGGAGAAAAUGGAGUUUGAAGCUGGCCCAACAGCGUGGGGGGCAUUGCUAUAUGCUUGCUUUCUUCAUGGAAACGUGGAUAUUGGAGAAGUGGCAGCGGAAAAGCUUUUUGAGUUGGAACCGGAUAAUGAACUUAAUUAUGAACUUUUGAUCAAUAUUUACAGCAAUGCGGGUAGAUUGGAUGGUGUGGAAAGAGUGAGAAUGAUGAUGAUGGAACGAGGACUGGAUCUUUAGACCCAUCUGUGGAUAAAUGGGUUCCAUAUACCACGGAUCAGAUCCUCCAUCUUGGCUCACUACGGCCGCAAGAAGCCAUUUUAGUCUCUCCUGUUUGCCCCACAAUGGGUACCAAAUGCACGUUUAAUGAUAUCAGGUUCUUUAUGUACAUCUAUUGGACCAGCAUCGCCUUCAAUUGAUCAUUUGGAUUACAGAGAAUUGGCUUGUCGUGCACAAAGCUAACCUGUUCAUCAACUUUGGAUCUUCAUUGGGAUUGUUGUACAGAUAUUUGCCAUACCCAUGCCUCAUUAUUCGUUCAUAUUUAUGCUCAACUCCUCUAGCCAUUAAAGAGUUGGGAUGGAACAAAAAAAAAAAUGUUCUGUGUACAUGUAAUGAAUCGUAUCUGUUCCCAAACAUAUCUAAAAAGGCUUGAAAAUCACAUUGAAAUUGGAAUGUUUGGAGAAACAAUUUUGCAAUCCUUGGGGAAGUAUUUGUUUACAGGGAUGAAAGUGAAUUAGAAUAAUGUUAAAUAUAAUCAUGGGAUGGUAGUAUGGU